AACCCUAAAAUAAUCUCUCGCUCGCCAUCGCCAUGGCGGCAGUGGAGGAUCGUGUCGAGGCGGAGAUUGUCGAGGAGAAUUCUGCGAAUGGAGCUGAGGGAUUGAUUGCCAAGGGUGUGGCGCCUGUGAAGAAGGAAUUUCUGGUCUCGGCACAGGUGCGUUCUACCAUUUCGGACAAGGACGCCGCCAAGAUUUCCAGCGAGAAGAAGUCCAAGCGGAAGAUAAGAAAAGAGCGAAAGCAGGCUAGAAAGCUCGAGGUGUGCAAUGCCGUGGUUAGAGCUGGUGAUCCAAAUGCCUGUCCAUUUGGGGAGAACUGUAGAUUUAGCCACGACUUGGAAGGCUACUUGGCACAGAAACCGGAAGAUCUUCCUGGAGUUUGCCCGUCAGUGAACUUGAAUGUGCCUUGUCCUUAUGGAGUAAGGUGUCGAUUCUACGGAACUCACACAAAACAAGAUCUGCCGAAGGAAAACCCCGAGGGUGCUAUGGAUGGAGACGAGGAAACAUCGGGCGCUGGCGAGAUCAAUGUUCUUCGAAAGGAUUUUCAGAAGUCACUCUGGAAGAAACUUGAGAGCUUUCCUAAAGCUGAUAGCCAGCUACAAGCGAUGGGUCUCAAAAACAAGGUUUAUGGACCUAAGAAGGGUGCUACAACGGAAGGAGAAAAUGGUGGAGCUGAAACGCAUGACGAAAACAAUGACGUAUCGGAUGACGCAGUUCCGCCUUUGAAGAAGCCAAAGCUUGUGGAUCCUGUGGAGGAUGCUAAAGAACAAGGAGAUGACUGCAAGCUAAACAGCAGGGAGAAGAAGAUAAUCGACUUGAAAGGCAAGCUUUAUCUUGCGCCUCUGACGACAGUCGGGAAUCUUCCGUUUCGGAGGCUGUGUAAGAAGCUCGGGGCCGACGUUACCUGUGGAGAGAUGGCGAUGUGUACAAACCUUCUUCAGGUAAAAGGAAGUUAAAAGGGAAGAAUUAAAAAAACUAAGUUUAGACAUGCCUAAGAAAGAAACCAAAGAAAAUGAGCUCCAGAAGUUGCCUAGGUGCUGUGGCCACAGCAUUGCCAGAAGCUCAAGAAAGAUAGCUCCACAACACCA